AGCGGUCCGCGGUUCAAAGACAACCCCCGCCGUUGGCAGCGGACACCGGUAGGAGCAAUGAGCGCUGCUCCACUACUCCCUCCGGGCUUGGAGGCCAAAACCGCAGAGGUCCAGGACACAAUGAUGCCUGAGGUGAAUGCGCACGACUCCAUGCUGCAGGCCAUGCGUGACGCUGUCCUCUUGGAAGUUGAGAGGAGCGUCCAGGAACGUACCGAGCAACUGUGGGCCAAAGGGAAGCAGGCCUUCCAGCAAGCUCAGCAGAAGCAUCGUGAGGAAGUCCAACGCCUCACUGAGGAGGUGGCACAGUGUCAAGAGAGACACAAAGUGCUGGCCGAGGAGAACGAUCGUUUGCGAGAGGCCUUGCAGAGCAUCCUCACGAAGUGCUCCUCUUUGGCGCCGGGAUUGGCGGAAUCCUUGCUGUCGCCCGCGAGCACCUUUGCUGGGACCUCUCCUUUGCCAUCAGAUGCUGACACCUGCAGCCAUCCAUCUCGGCCAUAUUCGCCCUACACGCCAGGAAUGGACUUCUAUUCCAACGAGGUGCUGUUGCCAGAGGUACCGCCGCUGCCCUUUGGGAAGCCAGGCGUUGCUUGUGGCUCUCCAGCGCCCUUGUCCUUGGCAGAGGCCCUGGGCCCACGCGUGAACCCACUGCGCUUGUCACUGGCGGAAUCGUUGGGAGACACUGCGCACGUGGAGAAGUCAGGCGAAAAAACGUGGGAGAUCACCAUCUCCAAGACGACGGAGGACGAGGAGCUGGGUUUGGACGUUUCUCAUGAAGAAGAUGGAAAGGUCUUGCGCGUGGAUGGCUUGCGAAACGGUGUCCUCGAGGUGUGGAAUGCGAAGUGCUUGGCUGCUGGAGAACUUGAACAUGUUGUCAAGACUGGGGAUCAGAUCACCUCCUGCAAUGGCAUCACUGGUGCCCAAGGGAUCCUCCAGGAGUGUGUGUCCAAUCGGACGUUGCAGUUGAGCCUUUUUCGGGAGGCCGCUGCCUCGAGUCCUUUCUCGCACCUUCGAGCGGAGGCUUCGGAGUUUGUGCCAGGAUCCCGGCGGGAUGGUUGAGAAGAGCACCUUGGCUGCUCAGGACUUGCUGUUGUUUUGCUGGAUGUCAUCGCUGGAUGUCAUCCAGUGAGCUUUGUUUGGGUGUUUCAAACAAAAAGGAACUCCAGUGGUCUCUCAGUGUUUGAUGGUCAGAACAACUUGUGCACCCUGGAAACCCAUGUGGAUGGUAGCCACCUGUAGCCUUUACCGCAGGGGGACACAUCGUUUGCCUUCACCGCCGUCUCAACGUCGUUGCCCAUCGUCUCCAGCCUUGGUGGGAAGAUGCUGGGUGUCGGGUACGCGGUGAACGACUCAGCUGUCGGGAUAAGCGGUUUUCAACACUCCAUGUAGACGAUCACGUCACUAGUGUGUGUGUGUGUGUUUGAAGCAAUGCUACAUGUUUGUCAGAGUCCAAAUCUCA